GUGCGCCACAUAAAAACAGCUGUUGUCAAAAUUUUAUGGCAAUGUAAGGAAAAAAAAAACUUUUCGCAUUUAAUCUAGCACUUUGUAAACAAGCGAAAACAUAGCAGCAAACUCCGAUCGAGCAAAUGAAAAUGCUUUAAUAAAUUGUUCGGCGCCAAUUCGUGAAUCGUUUAAUUGUGAUCGUUUCAUCGCUGGAUUCGUAUUUAAGUGUGAAAAAAAAUGAUGAGUCGACGGACACGUGCUGCGUCAGCCAAAUCAGCAAUAAUGACAAUGCCAGUAGGUAAUGCCACCAAAAUCGAUGCGGUUGAUCAAAAUUUUGCCAGUCCAAAACGAAAAGACUGUAAACUAGACUUGGACUUAAUACCGUCAGCAACAAAUGGACGCGCUACAAAACCAUCACCCGUUCACACUGCCACUGCCACUGCCGUCAUUACAAACGGUAAACGAAACCAUAAAAAUGCUGGUGGAUCGAAGACAAAAAAGGCGCCGCAAGCAAUAACCAAAUAUUUUCCUACAAACGGUCACAACAACAGCAAUGGCUCAUUGAAUGGUUCCGUCACCGAAACCGAUUCGUCUGAUUCAAGUGUAAAAAUUAGUGAAACUGCACUGCCAAAUGGUGAUGUUGAUGUUGUAAAUGAAAAGAACGCUGUCACCGAUGUUGAAGAGAAAACAGCCACAGUGCCUAAUCUAAAUGGAAGUGUUUUGAUGUCGCCCGAAGCAAAAUCACUACUGAAUGGCUCAGUGAAACAAACAACGCCACAUCGAAUUGUGGUACGGUCGUCACCAAAAAAACAACGACUCUAUGGGAAGGAUCCAGUUGAAGUAUUUUCUAAUCUGAAUAUUCGUGAUGGUGCUGCGAAAAUUGGUCGCAAAGGGCAACAAAAAACUCGCCGAAAAUUAAAUGUCACCGAACCAGAGCAGCAUCUAGAAAAUGGCAACGGUGUGAAUGGGAAGGGUUUAUCGGACGAUGUGAACCCAGUUGUUAAUGGCAAUGCCGAGAGUGGAGCGGCAAAAGUUGACAAAUCUAGUUCCAAAUCGAGCGAAAAUAUCUCAAAUAAGAAUGAUUUCCCUGUGCCUACCAAUACAGCACCGCGUCGUGUUCAUAGCACUCAAUUGACCGAUUUCUUCCCGAUCCGUCGUAGCGCACGGAAGACCAAAAAAGCCGUCGAACAAGAAAUAUCACGUCAUAUCGAAAUGGCAAUCGAAAAACAGCUAGAGGAUGGGCUUGUUGUAAAAAUGUUCCCAGAAAAAGGACGAGGAAUUGUAGCAGGCCGAGACUUUCAACGUGGUGAUUUCGUUGUUGAGUAUAUUGGCGAAUUGAUUGAUCAGACUGAAGCCGAUUGUCGCGAGGAAUUGUAUUCACAGAAGGUGGACUUUGGGUGUUACAUGUAUUAUUUCAAGCAUAAAGAGACACAGUGGUGCAUUGACGCUACAGCGGAGACGGGCAAACUUGGUCGUUUAGUGAAUCAUUCACGCAACGGCAACCUAAUGACAAAAAUCGUGAGCUACAGAAACAAACCGCAUUUAGUGCUGUUGGCCAAAGACGAUAUCAAAGAAGGCACCGAGCUAACCUAUGACUAUGGUGAUCGUCGCAAAGAAGCGCUCAUCCAUCAUCCUUGGUUGGCUUUUUAGUACAUUGAAAUCAAACACCCAUCGGCGGCCGCUGACGCCGAACUAUGCUAAAGGCCUUGAGUUAAAAAAAGAAAUACAUCUCAAUUUCGACCAUCGAUCAUAAAUCGGAUUCAAAUCAAGUGCUUUUAAACACACACACACACAUUUAAUUGUAACAUAUUUUGUUAAAUUUAUACAAGAUACUGGUUACUCCGCUUAGUUUGUAGUUGUAUACCAGUGGAAUUUCGCUGGAAUUUGUAGGUAAAAAUUUGUGGCAAGCGCAUUCCCUCCCCCCAAGCAUAAGAACAAAUAGAAAACGAUGGGCUUUAUCACACUUUCAACCGAAUAAAACAUGAUUUAGUCGCAUUAUCUAUGUGCGACACACACUGCACUUUGUUAUGUAUAUGUUCGAAAUUUUGUCAUUUUCAUUCGGUUUUUGUUCGUUUCAUUCUAAGUUUUAUUUAUCAUGCGAAUUAUUUAGCUGCUAUUUUGUUUUCUUAUGUUAAGAAAGUUGUGCUCGCGUCGAGAGCUGUCAUGCAAUAUUCAAUUCAUUCAAAGUCAUUAUGCGUUGAAGUGUUCAAUAUGCCCCUGUUUAUAGACACAUAAGCCAAACACAUACACUCAAACCAACAAAAGUGAUCGCUGUAGGAGAUGAUUAGUUGCAACGGCAUUACUGAUUUAAAUCCAAUCAAACUGCCACCUAUUUUUUAACAAUUUCAAAUUCGAUCACUCGUAUUAAGUACAAAGAAGACUAGACCACACCAAUAUCAUGCCUAAAUGAACUUUAUUCAUUUCCAUUCUUUUUUUUUGUUUUGUUUUGCAAUAUGAUAUUUUAUUUUUAAUCUCCCCGCACAUCCCUCGUCUUGUCAUAUGCAUGUUUAACUGUAAUUGUUUCGGUUUCUGCAACAACAGCAAAAAAUGUAAAAUUGCUCGCCCAACAUCGAUAUUGAAAUUUGAAUGACAAAAUACAAAUAAAAGUACAGCGUGACGCAUUCA